AUGGAGAACUACGUGAUCGGCGUGUACGGAGAGAGUUUUCGCCCUGUUCUUCGGUGGGCAGCCGAAGCCGAACGCCCCGUGACGAUAGAGGGAGCUCGGGCGGUGCACGACGGAGUUCCAGAGCUGGAGACCAAGGUCAACCAGCUGUACGCGGCGCUGAUCAGCACGACGGCGGACGGCAGCGAGAGCAACGACCUCGUGACGGGCGCCCCCGACGGGAACGGUCUCGAAGCCUGGCGGAAGCUCCACCGCAGGUGGGAUCCGACGACAGGCCCGAGGAAGAGGCUGAUCCUGAGGUCGAUCAUCUCGCCUCCGAAGUGCAGCGCGGACGAGCUGGGGUCCGCCUUAGAGAAGUGGAUCCAGCAGAUAGGCAGGUACGAACGCCGCCAAGGAGAAGAUGGUCUGGCCGAGCUGCCGGAGGAUAUCAAGAUGGCGGCCCUCGAGAUGCUCGUGCCUCAGGACAUCGAGAACCACCUCGUACUCAACAAGCAUCGGCUCGUAACGUUCCAGGACAGUCUGAACGAGGUAAUGACGAUCGUAGAGGCUCGGACCGGCGUGAAGAUCAAGGAGCCAUCGAUCCGUGCGCGGGCGCAUCAUCCGGACGACAUGGACGUCGGAUCGUUCGGAGCCCCGAAAGGCAAAGGCAAAGGCAAGGGCAAGGACGGCAAGAGCAAAGGGAAAGGCAAGACUCAGGAGCCGAAGGGGAAGAGCAAAUCGACGAACGGAUCAUACUCAGGGCACACGGCACCUCGAAGCACCAGCGGGCGCUUCGACGGCUACUGUCGGAACUGCGAGAGAUGGGGCCACAAGGCAUCCGACUGCUGGAGGAAAGAGCAGGGAUCGAGUACGAGGGCUGGAACUGGAUCCGCAACGGGGGCAAGCGCUGGUGGUAAAGUCGGUAGCCGCGGCGGCAAGGCCGGCGGCAAGGCGGCAGGCAGCCUGGAGGAGGAGCCUGAAGCGGAGGUCGCCGCUCUGGACAUGGGCAGCUUGGACUGCCUGGAGCUCGCCAGCGGCAGCGGCCGCGGCGUAGCGGCGGUCGACCUCUCCCCCUUCGCGCAGGACGACUGGAUGAAGUUCAACUGGGACAGCGGUGCAGCUAUCUCAGCAUUCCCUCGGAGCUUCGCGCCGCCGACGGGGAUGAAGGGCAACGGCAGCACGUAUCGUACGGCCAGUGGUGAGCUCGUCCCGGACGAGGGCAGCUUGCAGCUCAAGGCGGAGGACGAGUACGGAGUGCUACGAGCGCUCAAGGGACGCGUGACGAACGUGCACAAGCCGUUGAUCUCGGUGGGGCAGGCAGCAGGAGCUGGACAGUGUUCAUUCCUGGGCCGCAAUGGCGGCUGGAUAUUCCACGAGAAGAGCCCAAUCGGCAAGCGCGUGGUAGGCAUGCUCGAGAAGGAGGCGAAGGCGGCGAAGCACCAGAUGCUGCCGGUCUAUCGCGAGCAGGGCGUCUACAACUUCUACCUCAAGAAGGGCCAACAUGGCUCGGUUGCUCCUCUCGAGGAGGGACUUUCGGCGAAGUCGAAGUCCGAGCUGGUGGAGCUCCUCAGCGGCAAGUCGAAGGAGGAGCUGCUGGAGAUCCUCGAGAAGACACCAGCGGCAGCGGCCGCGGCCGACGCUUUGCCAGCUGCUCCUGAUGGACAGCAGGCCGACGAGGGCGAGGAGGAGGCUCGCCCGAGGGUGCUGAAGGCACCUCAUGAGCCCUCUCAGAGAGAGAUCGCUGAACACGAGGCGAUGGGACACGCGACUUAUCGCAGCUGGUGUCGCGUGUGUAUUGCGGCAAAGGGCCAAGGCCAGCCGCAUCUCCGCGCACCGGAGGACGACGAGACGGCGGUGCCGGUGGUCUCGUCCGACUACGCCUUCAUGGGCCAGGAAGACGCGGACACCAUGCCGAUGCUGGUCCUUAGGGAUCGGCGCUCGAAGAUGAUGGCAGCGACAUUCGUGGAGAAGAAGGGCGACGACGCCUACGCCAUCAAAUUCUUCGCACGCUUCUUACGGAUCCUGGGCUACAGGAAGAUCGUCAACAAGUCUGACGGCGAGCCAGCGAUCCUGCUGGUCAAGAGGCGUGCGGUGGAGGAGGUUCCUGGCCUCGAGGCCAUUCCCCAGGAAUCGGCACCGGCAGAUCAUCAGGCCAAUGGGGAGAUCGAGGUCACGGUGCGCGAGAUUAAGAAGCAGGUGCGGGCGCUCAAGAUGGACCUGGAGUCCAAGCUGGGCGUCAAGGUGGAGGACAAGCACCCGGUGCUAGCGCACCUGCCGGAGCACGCCGCAUCGGUGAUCAACCGAUACCGGCGCGGCCAGGAUGGCAAGACCGCUCUUCAGCGGCUCACGGGACGGCAGUGGAGGAAGCCGGUCCCGCUCUUCGGUGAACGCCUGAUGGUGCGGUUCGCCGGGGAGCGCGCGAGGAAGAACGCGCUGGAGGAGCAGAUGGUGGAGGCUCGCUACAUCGGCCACCACCCGCGCGACGGCUCGAUGAUGGUCAUCACGAGCGACGGUGCGAAGAAGGCGGUCGGCUUUCGCAGCCUGCCGCAGAGCGAGAAGUGGAUCACGGCGGGCUGGGAUGGCCUGAAGGGCCUGCCGUGGGACGUGGCUCCGCGUGCGGCAAGCGCGCCGCGGGCCAUCGUCGGACCUGGAGAGGUCGGUCCGCCACCAAUUGUGGUGGCGCCGCCGCAGCCGCAGGCGCCGAGGAGGAUGUACGUCCUCAAGGCGGACAUCGAGCGGCUGGGCGCAACGCCGGGAUGCCCAGGGUGCGUCUCGAUCGCCAAGCACGGCAAGGUGCUGGCUGGCCAUGCGCACAACGCGGUGUGCAGCAAGAGAAUCUUCGAAGCGCUGGACGCUGAGGAGGCAGGCCGGGAGAGGACCGGCCAGUAUCGAGAGCGGAGGCAGGGCCAAGAGGCCAGAGUCCGACCAGCGGCAGCGGCCGCGGCAGGGACCCCUCCGCCGAAGACGGCUCGGAGGAUCACCGAGCCGGUGGCAGCGGCGGCGGCGGCAUCGGCCGCGCCGGCCGCGACCCGAUCGGCAGCAGCGCCAGCCGCGGCAGCUGCAGCGGCGCGCAUGCGAGAGAGCCAGCCGGUAGCAUCGGGCUCCGGCGUGGCGGCUCCUUCAGGAAGAGCGAGCUCCAGUUCGGGAGCAGUGCGAGCGGCAGAGGCCGCCGAGGAUGUCGACAUGACCGCGACCAGGUCGCGGCUGAAGCGCUUGGCGGAGGUGGCACCGGAUGACGUGCCGGAGGCCCUCGAGCGCGGUGAUCCACAGCCGGCAGACGUGCCGGUACCGGUGGACAUGGAGGAUCUCGCGGCGCAGCCGGCGCCAGCGGAAGGACCUCAGCUGCCAGCUGGAGUGGCAGUCGUGUGGAACGCCAGUGAGGGGGGGCACAUGCGGGUGCUCGCCCUCGAUGUGGCAUCGAUCGAGCUGGUUGAGCUCGGAGUGCUGACGAGAGCGAAGGCGGAGUUGCUCCCGCUCGUUCGCGAACAGGUCAGCGGCCAUUGGGCCAGCGUCGGCGUGGACAUCGCCGACGAAGAGGUGGACAGCAUCGCCCUAUCGGCGUUGCAGCUGGGCGCCGUGGACGUGGCCGAGGUGUACUCGCCACAUCGGUUCUCGGCUCGGGCAGCGGAAUUUCAGCUGCGCCCGGGCUUCGCGGCGGACCUAGAGGAACUCAAGGAGGACGGGACGCCGUGGGACUUGCGGCGCCCCGAGGAUGUCAAGGAGCUCGAGAAGCAGCAGGAGCGGAUGGAUCCCAUCCUGCUCACGGGGUCCCCUCCAUGCGAGAGGUUCAGCUUGCUGAGGGGCCUGAGCGCCAGGUUCAGGACCGAUGAGCAGGAGGCGGCUGAGAUGGAGGAGGCCAGACACCACCUGAAGGUGGCGGUCGACGCCUACUGGCGUCAGCUCAGGAAGCCAGGCAGGUACUUCCUGCAUGAGCAUCCCUGGAGCGCGCGAUCGUGGAAUGAGGACAUCGUCAAGGAGCUGGUCGCGCAUCCAGGAGUCUUCGCGGUCAAAGGCCCCAUGUGUCGGUGGGGCAUGAAGCUCGCGAACCCACGCAGUGGCCAGGAGGAGUUCGUGCGCAAGGAGACCGGAUGGGUCACCAACCAUCCAGGCUUAGCCCGGAGGCUGCAGGGCACUUGCAGCAAUGUGGACGGACGCGCGGAGUGGCAUCGCCACAUCACACUCGUGGGCGGCAUCGCGCGGUUCGCGAAGGUCUAUCCACCGAAGUUGGUGGAGGCGGUGCUGGAGGAGCUCAAGGACACGCUGAAUGACGUGGGGGAGCUCAGCACCGCCCAGGUGCAGCAGUCGGGCCCAGUCCCUGUGGACGCGGCAGUGCCGCCCGGGGACUGGACGAGUUACUGGGACGACGUCAAUGGCGGCUACCUGGAGGCGGGCCUUGUGGCCCAGGCUCGCGCGGUCGAGCGCGAGUGGGUCAAGAAGCAGGAGCUGAUCGAGAUCGAGUCGCUUCGCAAGAAGGGCAGGAAGCCGGGCAACUUCAAGAUCGGCUUCUUCGACAUCAGCAGGGCGCACUUCUAUGGGAAGGCGCAGCGGCGGAUCUUCGUGGAACUGGAGGAGGAGAGUCGCAAGGAGUACGGCGAGGACAAGUGUGGCUUACUCCUCAAGUCCUGGUACGGCACGCAGGACGCCAGCAAGAUCUGGCAGGGCGACUACACGGAGCUGUUGGAGGAAAACGGAUACAAGGCGGGCAUGUCGUGCCCAGCGGUCUUCUACAAGAAGGUGGACGAGACGAGACUGCUGGGGCACGGCGACGACUUCGCGGUGCUGGCUCAGCAGCAGGACAUCGACAGCUUCGAGGCCACGCUGGGAAAGAAGUACGAGUUCAAGAAGACUGCGAACCUCGGCUUCGACGAGGGCGAUGACAAGCAGGCGGUCUUCCUGAAUCGGGUCAUCGAGGUCAGUGCGGGAGUUCCGCCUGGCGGUGGCCGGCCCUGCCGGCAUGCGAUGAUCGAGCCGGACAAGCGGCACGCGGAGAUCGUGAUCGACGAGUUGGGUCUCAGCAAGGCCAACGGCGUGGACACGCCGACGGAGAAGCGUAGCGCCGACAAGCAGAUGAUGGAUGCGAAGUCGGCGGCGUUGGGAGCAGCGGAAGCUUCGCGCUUCCGAUCCCUCACCAUGAGGGUGGCCUAUCUGUCUCAGGACAGGCUGGACUUGGCAGAGGCAUCAAAGACGCUCGCUAGGUCCAUGCAGACGCCGACGGAGGCGAGUUGGCUCAUGCUCAAGAGGGUUGGCCGCUACCUCAAGCGGCAUCCUAGCACGGUGACGGUUUUCACGGAGCAGAAGAUGUUCGACAAGAUCCGGGUGUACGUGGACUCCGAUCAUGCGGGCUGCGCGGUCACCCGGAAGAGCACCGGAGGCUUCGUGGCGAUGCUGGGGCAUCAUGUCAUCAAGCAUGGCAGUAAUCUGCAGUCGACGGUCUCUUUGAGCAGCGGGGAGAGCGAGUACUACGCCCUGGUGAAGGGCGGGAGCGUGGGCCUGGGCCUUCACAGCCUCUUCGCGGACUGGGGGCUGGACCUGAAGGUGGAGCUCGCCUCAGAUUCAUCGGCGGCCCGGGGCCACGUCCAACGGCGAGGUCUCGGGAAGAUGCGGCAUGUUCAAUUUCGAUACUUGUGGAUCCAGGAGCGUGUGGGUAAGGGCGAUCUCUCGAUCGCCGCGGUUCCUGGUAAGAACAACGUCGCGGACGUGCUGACCAAGAGCGUGGGUGGAUCCCUUUUGAGGAGACACAUGGCGACGCUCAACAUCUGGGAUCGGACACCGAGUUCGACUCAGAAGGACUUCAAGUGA